UCGGAAAUUGACUGAAAGUUCUGUCAGUACUGAAAACGGUAUAGUCCAAGUGACCUAUACUGUAGAUUUUCAUUACUGACAGUACGGUCAGUCGAUUACCGAACACGCCCACAGUUGGUGGAAAUCGGAAAUCAUCGUUGAGCAUUUUCGAAUUUUUCGUAAUUUCAAAAUUAUCGAAGUUUGUCAGUAGAGACAUCUCCGUUAGAGAGGAACAGACGGAAAUGUCUGUCGCCCCAGUGAGUUCGUCAUUGCCCUGAGUUUUGCCUAACGUUACGUACAUACGGUCCAUACCUACGUGUGUGAGGGCCGGCGUUGUUACUUGUGGGGUACAACGCAUCAGCGAAUCGGUAGCUGAGUAACCAGUCUUUGAUUUAAUUAAUAUAAAAUCUCUGAAAAAUGAACGUAGUGCCCGGAACAGCGUCCCUCCUCGAAGAACUAGACAAAAAGCUAAUGGUUCUGUUAAGAGAUGGUAGAACACUUAUCGGAUAUCUCAGAAGUGUUGAUCAAUUUGCCAACCUGGUCCUUCAUCGAACUAUCGAAAGAAUUCACGUCGGCAAAGAAUAUGGAGAUAUUCCUCGGGGCGUUUUCAUCGUCCGAGGCGAGAAUGUUGUUCUUUUGGGUGAAAUAGAUGGGGACAAGGAAAAGGAUCUGCCACUAUCUCAGGUGCCCGUAGAUGAUAUAUUAGAUGCUCAAAGACGAGAGCAAGAAUUGAAGCAAGAUCAAGAACAACUGAUGAGCAAAGCUCUGAAAGAACGAGGCCUCUCCUACAUUCCGGAUUUGGGGCAUGAUGACAUGUUCUGACCCACAUCUAUUCCUACAACAAGUUCAUUUUCGUCAUCCUCGUCAUCACAUAAGUCUGACUGAAUAUUCAGAGAGUUGUUCAAUUCUGUGAAAGCAAAGGGAAAUAGGUGAAAGAAAAACAACAGACAAUUGUUAUACAUAAGGCGUGCGCUAUAAUAUGAAAAUAUAUUAUUGAUACACAGA